AUGGAGCCCGAGUCAGCUGCGUCCCUGGAACGGUCUACGUCGCAGCUAUCAACGCUGUCAACAAAGAGCAUCAGAGGCAAUACCCACUCGGUCCGUGCCAAGUCCAAGUCUAGGAAACUGACCUCGCACCCCUCGAGCUCGGCCUCGUCCAUCGCCGCCUCUGACAAGUCCCUGACCUCAUUCCCUUCUUUCUCGCCCGAGUCGCCGCGAUACGAGCACCCUUAUACUGUCGACAGCCCAAAAGAGCCCUCGAACCCCCAGAACAUAGUGGACAAUUUGACCACGUCCGAUGCCCCCAAGACUCCGCGCAACGCCCUAUUCGAAGAUACCCCGCUAGCCUCCCGAAAGAUCCCCGGCGCUCUGCACCUGGCAGACGAUGAGCACAUCGAGCGGCUUGUCGCGCGCCACGGCUCCGUCAACCUGGUGCGCCAGAUCGCCGAGGAUCUGGCACAGCGAGAUGUCCAAAUCGCAGGUCUCAGGAGGCGAGCUGACGAAAGGGAGAGGGCGCUGAGGAAGAUCAUACUGGAGUGUGGACUAUCAAAUCUGGACCUCGAAACGAAGCUUCGCACCGUUGAACAGGAUCUAAGAGCACAGGACCAAACAAAGCGAGGCCAGGAUGGACUGUCCAAUAUGAUGAAUGAUGCCAUGCACGACUCGAUGUCCUAUGGUGGACUUGGUGCCGAUGAUGGAAGAGAUGCCAAGGAGGGCACGCUCAAAGCCGCCGCGCUACUCACAUCGAAGGCAAAUAACAAUAACAAUGGCGGCAGAGGGACAGUCAAGGCCUGGAAAGACUAUUUCUGGGGCACUGGCACGAGCAGGAAGAACAGCAGAGCCGCCAGUGUCAAUGGGGACGGGUCGAAGACCGCCGUACGUGCGGCGGCAUCAGGAGAUCGCCGACCCCCUAUUCAGGAGGACCUGUUCACACCGCCCGAUGCAGUAUCCGUGAGGAGCUCCAGUCGCGCCUCAAGCAUCUACUCCGGCCACGGUUCCAGAAAGCCAUCCACAUCCCUUGCUAGCAUGGCUCUACAGUUGGUUGCUGGGAAGGUUCCUACCAACCGCGAUGCCGACUCGCUUAGAGGGCGAUCAGACUCGGCAGGAUAUGGUGGAUCACUGAGGACCUCGUCUGCUGCGAGCACAAAGACCCGCGCCUCAAGCAGGACAGUCUCAUCGCAGGUUGGACCCAAGGCCCUGAUGGCAAUGCGACGAGCGACGCCGGCGCCCGUGAAUAUUGCUCAGCGUACACAGCCCCACGAACGGUGGGAAGGCAUGGCAGCAUCUCUCGAUAGCCCCUCAGCUAUAAGAACAGACAACUCUGGCCCUGUCGAGAUGGAUACCAUCUUUUCGCCCGAGGGACAGCCCCCAACUUUGACCCAUAUCUACAACAACUAUCGCGGAUCGGAAUACCUGACUGAUCGGUUCGGAUUCAUCUACGACCAGCGCCGCAAGAAAAGGCAGCGUGAAGCUGCCCAGGUCGCUCAGCAGAUCAAGCAGGGCAGCCGUGCUGAAAUGUUGUCAGGGGGACGGUCGAGCAUUUCACCCAACCUACUGGAUGAUGACAAUGCGAGCUCAACCCGGACAACUGUAAGCGACGACAGACCAGACACGCCCGCGUCCCUCGAAGACAUGAGUGAGCAAGGCAAGCCAAAGAGGUGGCAAGACUAUCUGAAGAUUGCUACGUUUCCCACAGAACUCCUGUCACAUACGCCGAUUACCUUCUCAGCCCUGGAGGUCCUCGAAGGCAAUCAAGCGCCCAGAUCACCCAAUCUCAUCACGUCAGAUGACCGUGGCUUUGUCCCGCCGGCCAGUACCACCUCGGCCUUGAAUAGCGAGCCAACCACCAAGUCGGACGAGGACCCUGCUGUGACCCUCGUUCACGAAGAUGCAGAGCCGGUCAAGCUGUUACUAAAGCAAUUGAGUGAUGUCCACGACGCGUUGCAGAGGGAGAAGUCUGUUCGGUGGAACGAAUUCCUGCGCAAGGUGAGAGCCGAGCGAAGACGUGAAUCAGAGGCGGCUGCGGCGGCUGCUGCAGCGGCCGCCGGGGCUCGAUACCAACGGGCACCAGUGAUGAUUCCUGAAGCCAAGUUGACCGACGGUGAGAUCAUCGGUGUCGCAGACCUCGGUGUCAAAGGCAAAGUCGGACGAGCAAAGUGGAAUGAGUUCAGGACGCUGGUGCUUGGUGGUAUCCCAGUUGCCAAUCGGCCCAAGAUCUGGGCUGAGUGCUCCGGUGCCCUGUACAAGCGUGACCCAGGCUACUAUGAAGACCUCGUCGCCAAGUCCGGCGAAGAUGACGACCCGGCAGUGGUCUCCCAGAUCGAUAUGGAUAUCAACCGGACGCUCACGGACAACAUCUUCUUCCGUCGUGGACCAGGUGUUGCCAAGCUCAGUGAGGUGUUGAAGGCCUAUGCGAGACGCAAUCCAGAGGUUGGCUACUGCCAAGGCAUGAACCUCAUCACAGCAAAUUUGUUGCUCAUCAUGCCGUCUGCUGAAGAGACGUUCUGGAUUCUUGUAUCCAUCAUCGAGCAGAUCCUGCCCCGGGGCUAUUAUGACCAUAGUCUAAUGGCGUCCCGCGCCGAUCAGCAGGUCUUGCGGCAAUACGUCACAGCGGUCCUACCAAAGCUCUCGCAACAUCUCGAGAAUCUCUUCAUCGAGCUUGAGGCUUUGACGUUCCAGUGGUUUCUGAGUGUUUUCACCGACUGCCUCUCCGCCGAAGCUCUAUUCCGGGUCUGGGAUGUGGUGCUCUGCACGAAUGAUGGCAGCACCUUUUUGUUCCAGGUCGCCCUGGCGCUUCUCAAGCUCAACGAACAGCAAUUACUGCAAUGUGAUAGCCCCGCCGCCAUAUACACUUAUAUCAAUCACCAGAUGACGAACCACGCUAUCAGUAUAGACGGCUUGAUACAGGCGUCCGAGGGACUGAGGAGAGUUGUCAGAAGGGAAGAAGUCGAAGACAGGAGGAAUAAGGCCAUUGAUGCUGAGAAACAGCUGAUGAAGGAGCGUGAGGAGCGCGAUCAGGCCCGACGCACGCAAAAGGCACCAUCCGCUCCAGCAUUAGUUACCGAAACGAGCGCAUCGGCCACACCAAGCCCAGCUCCAACCCCGGUGCGUUUGAACAGUGAGAGUGGAAGUAUCGCGAGUCUCAGCGCCUUGGAUGGAGAAGAUGGAGAAGAGGUAAGCUUGCAUGUGCGCACGCCGAUACCCGUGGAGGAGGAGGCAGCAUUCGGUCUUGGAUGA